UUUGUCCUUUUAUUCUUUAAUCACGAUAAACUAAUCUUAUUGUUGGCUCAUUGUCACCUCGUCCCUCUUCUAAUCGCAACUGAAAUAAGAUUCGAGCAGGUUCAAAAAUGUAUAUUUUGUGUAGAAUUGUACUAGCUGUGGUGAUGUGCCUUCCUAUUUCUGGAGUAAAAUUGCCAUCAGAUAUGUCCCAAGGAAUUUUUUGCGAGGGCUGCAGUGCUGUUAUGAAAGAACUAGACAAGUUAUUGGAAAAAAAGAGUUCAGAUCCAAGAGAGCUGCAGGUGGUAGAAGCAAUGGAAGACAUUUGCCAAACAAAGUAUUUUUCAAAAUAUGAUUAUUCACCACCAACUACAGUCAAAGCCUGCAGAUUUUUAAUAGAGAAAUAUGAAGAGGACAUAGAACAGUUGUUGAUGGACAAGGUUGAUAACACAGAACAAGAGGUUUGUUACAAGCUGACCAAAGCAUGUGAAGGUGUGGAUAGAAGUAAAAAGGAGAAAGAAUCCCUUGAUUACCGUUUCAACAAUCAGCCACAGCAAGUGAAGACUGAAUCAGCCUCAAAAGAUGAUGAUGGCAUUCAUCGCAUGAAUGUGGAUAUUAAUGACCCUGGAGCUGCAGAGAGGCUGGCAGAGCAGAUUAAAUCACAACUGGGACAGCAGGGGAUGGGAGGAGGCACGGGAGAUGAUAAUGAUGAUGAGGAGGAGGAAGAAGAAGAAGAGGAAGGAGGAGAUAAUGAAGAUGAAGAAAAUGGAGGAGCUGAAGAAGAGAAUGAUAAAAAAUCUUUUGAAGUGAAAACUGAAUUAUAGUUGAACACAAAAAAAUAGUCUACCCAGCAAAUUAAUAUAUAUAUGUUAACUUCUAGACAGGAAUUUUUAAUGGCUUGAUGCUAAGCAGUAGAGGUAAUUUUCUUUUGAAAUGACAUCCACCUUGAGUAAAAAAUCUCAUAAGGUACUACUACACUUUUCACAAGCUUACAAGGUAAAGGCAAGUUUCACUUUGCACAAAAUCUUGCAUCAACUUGAUAAGGUAAGAGAAACACAAAGGCAACAUUCCAUUAUCAUGUCAUAGAUCCAUGUCUAUUUUCUGAUUGGUUUCUGCCUAGCCUUGAUAUGUUCUUUGGGUGCAGCAACCAAUUAGAGGCCUAUAUAGAAAUGUGUCAAUGCAUAGACACAAAUGCGGGAAGGAGAAAUGUCUCUUAGGUUCAAAUUUUAAAAAUAUUUAUCAAGCUCCAUACUGAGGCUUGAUUACCUUAAUUUCUUACUAGUUGAAUUUUAUGAUAUUGAAAUUAAAAUCUGAACACAAAAUAAAUGUUUAAUUCCUAAUAA